AUGUCCGACGAAGCAACUAUUGAAGAGGAAUCUGAAGAUGAACAACAAUUACCUUCAUCUAGACCACAAACAAAAGAAGGUCUUCUACCAUGGUCAUUCAUUUUUCAAUUUUUGAUGAAACAAUGGGCAGUUUUUUUAUUCUUAUCAAUAGCAAUAGCUGUUUUUCUUUAUAUAAGUGCACGAAAACAACGCAAUAAAAAACAAACUAGUUCAGCAAUUCGUCGUGAUCAUAUUCAAGGUCAGUCAGCAACUUGUCGACAUUUAUAUAUUCUAGCUCUUAAAAUAAAUUGUUUUCGAGAAAGUUCUACAGGUGCAGGAAUUAUAAGAGCAUCUUCUUUAAUAGCAUUUCCUUUUCCUGAUGGUGAUAAUGAUGAUAUCUUUUGUAUUGCUUCUCACAUUUCAUUAGGUUGUGCUUUCUUAUGUGUUAUUUAA